AUGGAUCUCCCUCUAGGACCCUGUAUCUAUCAGUCCUGCAGGGUUCCCAGGGCGGAAUAUCCAAUUCCAGGUAGGCUUUAUAUCUAGGACCCUGUAUCUAUCAGUCCUGCAGGGUUCCAAGGACAGAAAAUUCAAUUACGGGUACGUUUUAUAUCUAGGACUCUGUGUCUAUCAGUCAUGUAGGUUCCCUGAGUAGAAUAUCUAUAUCCAGGUACGCUUUAUAUCUAGGACCCUGUAUCUUUCUGUCGUGCAGCGUUCCCAGGGCAGAAUAUUCAAUUCCAGAUAAGCUUUAUAUCUAGGACCCUGUGUCUAUCAUUCCUGUAGGGUUCCCAGGGCAGAAUAUCCAAUUCCAGGUAGGCUUUAUAUCUAGGACCCUGUAUCUAUCUGUACUGCAGAGUUCCCAUUGUGGAAUAUCCAACUCCAGGUAAGCUUUCUAUCAAGGACCCUGUAUCUAUCUGUCCUAAAGGGUUCCCAGUGCGGAAUAUCCAAUUCCAGGUAGGCUUUAUAUCAAGAACCCUGUAUCUAUCUGUCCUACAGGGUUCCCAGGGCGGAAUAUCCAAUUCCAGGUAGGCUUUAUAUCUAGGACCCUGUGUCUAUCAGUCCUGCAGGAAUCCCAGGGCGGAAUAUCCAAUUCCAGGUAGGCUUUUUUAUCUAGGACCCUGUAUCUAUCGGUCCUACAGUGUUCCCAGGGCAGAAAAUUCAAUUCCAGGUAAGCUUUAUAUCUAGGACCCUGUAUCUAUCAGUCCUGCAGGGUUCUCAGGGCAGAAUAUCCAAUUCCAAGUAUCUUUUAUAGCUAGGACCCUGUAUCUUUCUGUCCUGCAGCGUUCCCAGGGCAGAAUAUCCAAUUCCAGAUACGCUUUAUAUCUAGGACCCUGUAUCUAUCAGUCAUGCAGGGUUACACAGUUACAUAGCUGAAAAGAGACCUGCAUCCAUCAAGUUCAGCCUUCCUCACAUUUGUUUUUUGCUGUUGAUCCAAAAGAAGUAAAAAAAUACCCAGUUUGAAGCACUUCCAAUUUUGCAACAAACUAGGGGGAAAAAAUUCCUUCUUGACCCCAGAAUGGCAGUCAGAUUUAUCCUUGGAUCAAGCAGUUAUUACCCUACAUUGAAAGAUUAUAUCUUUGAAUAUUCUGUUUUUGCAAGUAUGCAUCUAGUAGCUGAUUGAACAUCUGUAUGGACUCUGAUAAAACCACUUCUUCAGGCAGAGAAUUCCACAUCCUGAUUGUUCUUACAGUAAAAAAAACCUUCCCUUUGCCUUAGACGAAAUCUUCUUUCUUCCAGUCUAAACGCAUGGCCUCGUGUCCUAUGUAAAGUCCGGUUUGUGAAUAGAUUUCCACACAAUGGUUUGUAUUGGCCCCGAAUAUAUUUGUAUAAUGUUAUCAUAUCCCUCUCAGGCGACGUUUUUCUAAACUAAAUAGGUUUAAAUUUGUUAACCUUUCUUCAUAGCUGAUAUGUUCCAUUCCUUUUAUUAAUUUUGUAGCCCGCCUCUGCACUUUUUCUAGUGCCAUAAUAUCCUUCUUUAGAACAGGUGCCCAAAAUUGCACAGUAUAUUCAAUAUGGGGUCUUACCAGUGAUUUAUAAAGAGGCAAAAUUAUAUUCUUGUCCCGAGAAUGAAUGCCCUUUUUCAUGCAGGACAAUACCUUACUGGCCUUGGCCACUGCUGAUUGACAUUGCACAUUGUUGCAUAGUUUGUUGUCUAUAACAAUUCCCAAGUCCUUUUCAUGUGUUGUUAUCCCUAAUUCGCUUCCAUUAAGGGUAUAUGUUGCUUGUGUAUUCUUUAAGCCGAAGUGCAUAAUUUUGCAUUUUUCAACAUUAAAUUUCAUCUGCCAUUUGAGUGCCCAGUCCCCCAGUCUAUCUAAAUCCCUCUGCAGCAAAGUAAUAUCUUGCUCACAUUGUAUUAUUUUACAGAGUUUAGAGUUUUGUGUCAUCUGCAAAAACUGAAACAUGACUUUCAAUGCGGUCUUCAAGAUCAUUUAUAAACAUGUUAAAUAGAAGGGGUCCCAGAACAGACCCCUGAGGGACACCACUUACCACCUCUGUCCAGCUUGAAAAUGUACCAUUAAUGACAACUCUUUGUACUCUGUUUUUAUGCUAAUGUUCUACCCAAGAACAAGCAUUUCCAUCUACACCGAUUUCCUUGAGUUUGAACACUAAUCUGUUGUGUCUAUUGUAUCAAAUGCCUUGGCAAAAUCCAAAUAGAUCACAUCCACUGCAACACCCUGAUCUAUACUUCUACUGACUUCUUCGUAGAACGCAAUCAAGUUAGUUUGACAUGACCUGUGCUUUAUAAAACCAUGUUCUUCUCAAGGAAUUCUUGAAUAUUAUCCCUUAAUAACCAAAUAUUUUACCAGCCACAGAAGUUAAGCUCACAGGUCUAUAAUUUCCAGGCAAGGAUUUUGAACCCUUUUUGAAUAUAGGAACCACAUCUGCCUUCCUCCAAUCCUCCGGAACACUUCCUGAAAGAAAAGAAUCUUGAAAGAUUAAAAACAGAGGUUCACUUAUUUCUGCACUUAGUUCCUUAAGUACACGUGGAUGGAUACCGUCAGGCCCUGGAGCUUUGUUUAUAUUAACUUUCUUUAGUUGCUGCAGCACCUUGUCUUGAGUUAACAAUUACAAUUAUUCUGCAAGUUUUUAGUAGCAAUCAUUUGCACAUCUAUUGCCAUGGGUUCUUCCUUAAUAUAUACGGAGGAGAAAUAGUUAUUUAAAAUUCCUGCCUUUUCCUGGUCUUCAUUAACUAACACCCCCGUUUCAGUUUUUAGUGUACCUACACUUUAAUUUUUGUUUUUUUUAGAAUUUAUGUACUUAAAAAAUGCUUUGGGGUUGGUUUUGCUCUCUUCAGCUAUCAUUAUUUCAUUUUGAAGUUUAGCAAGUCUAAUUGCCUUUUUCCACGCAUUAUUUGCUUCCUUAUAUGUUUUAUAAGAUGCAUCUGAUUUGUCCAAUUUAAAUGCUUUAAAUGCCCUUUUCUUAUUUUUAAUCUCUUGUUUUACUUCUCUACUAAGCCACAUUGGUAUCAAUUUGUUUCUUUUAUAUUUAUUUCCCAACGGUACAUACUGAGAAAUGUACCUUUCUAAUAUUUGUUGGAAGAUGAUCCAUUUAUCCUCAGUGUUCUUUUCACUAAAGAGUUUAUGCCAGUCAAUAUAUUGUAAAGCUUCCCUAAACUUAUUGAAAUUGGCCUUUUUAAAAUUAUAUGUUUUAGUAUUCCCCAUGUGCUUUUGUUUUUUUGAGUUUAUUUCAAAGGACACUAUAUUGUGAUCACUAUUUCCCAGCAGGAAUAUCCAAUUCCAGUUAAGCUUUAUAUCUAGGACCCUGUAUCUAUCAGUACUGGAGGGUUCCCAGAGCAGAAUAUCCAAUUCCAGGUAGGCUUUAUAUCUAGGACCCUGUAUCUAUCAGUACUGGAGUGUUCCCAGGGUGGGCUAUCCAAUUCCAGGUAAGCUUUAUAUCUAGGACCCUGUAUCUAUCAGUACUGGAGGGUUCCUAGGGCGGACUAUCCAAUUCCAGGUAAGCGUUAUAUCCAGGACCCUGUAUCAAUCAGUACUGGAGGGUUCCUAGGGCGGAAUAUCCAAUUCCAGUUAAGCGUUAUAUCCAGGACCCUGUGUCUAUCAGUAUUGGAGAGUUCCUAGGGCGGAAUAUCCAAUUCCAGGAAGGCUUUAUAUCUAGGACCCUGUAUCUAUCAGUACUGGAGGGUUCCUAGGGCGGAAUAUCCAAUUCCAGGAAGGCUUUAUAUCUAGGACCCUGUAUCUAUCAGUACUGGAGGGUUCCUAGGGCGGGCUAUCCAAUUCCAGGUAGACUUUAUAUCUAGGACCCUGUAUCUAUCAGUCCUGGAGGGUUCCUAGGGCGGGCUAUCCAAUUCCAGGUAAGCUUUAUAUCUAGGACCCUGUAUCUAUCAGUACUGGAGGGUUCCCAGAGCAGAAUAUCCAAUUCCAGGAAGGCUUUAUAUCUAGGACCCUGUAUCUAUCAGUAUUGGAGGCUUCCCAGAGCAGAAUAUCCAAUUCCAGGAAGGCUUUAUAUCUAGGACCCUGUAUCUAUCAGUACUGGAGGGUUCCUAGGGCGGAAUAUCCAAUUCCAGGAAGGCUUUAUAUCUAGGACCCUGUAUCAAUCAGUACUGGAGUGUUCCUAGGGCGGAAUAUCCAAUUCCAGGAAGGCUUUAUAUCUAGGACCCUGUAUCUAUCAGUACUGGAGGCUUCCCAGAGCAGAAUAUCCAAUUCCAGGAAGGCUUUAUAUCUAGGACCCUGUAUCUAUCAGUCCUGGAGUGUUCCCAGGGUGGAAUAUCCAAUUCCAAGUAAGCUUUAUAAACAGGACUGUUUUAGUGGGCUGCAGUGAUUCUUCCAAGCAUUUAUUGGAAGUCCAAUCUUAACGUAAUUUAUUGUCUCAUCAGAUAAGGGCUUUAUUUAAAUGAAAUCCUAACAUUUUCAUACUUAUUAGUCUUGCCAAAAUAAGACUAAACUACAUGUUCUUAUUGUCACGAAAACAGUAUUAUUAGUGCAUCCUCUAUGUUUAUUAAAUCCUCUCUGCACCCAGUAAUGACACAGUGUCUUCAGUGUAGUUAACGUUGAAGAUUCCCAUUUUAUAAUAAAGUGACCAAUCACCAUCAAUACGCACAGCGCAGCAAACACCAUUAAAACAGGAAAAUAACUUUCUUAGUGGAAUCACGGUCUGGGGGCAGUUAGCAAAAGAUAUCCAGCAAAGCCCCAAUCAGGACAAACACAGCCUUAAAACUACAUUUUGAUCUGACAGUAAUUUUCCAUUUUUACAUCAUUCUCACAAAUGGCCAGUAAACAUAUAGAUUAACGGGGAAAAAUAAAAACCCUGCCCUGCAAUUAGGCUCAGAGCACUCUGGUUGGUGUGUUUAAGCCAUCCAAUCAGAGUGCUCUGCGUCAUUUUACACAGCGUGACAAGUAAGUCUCUAUAUUUACCUGUCACAGCACUCUGGUUAGCUUGAAAUCCACCAAUCAGAGUGCUCUGCGUCAUUUUACACAGCGUGGGAAAGUUCUUUGGGAUUUUCCCAUGCUGUGUAAUUUGACUCAUAACUCUCUGAUUGGUUACUUUCAAUCAACCAAUCAGAGUGUUAUGAGUCAAGUUACACAGCGUGGGAAAAUUCCAAAGAACUUUCCCACGCUGUGUAAAAUGACACAGAGCACUCUGAUUGGUGGAUUUCAAGCUGACCAACCAGAGUGCUGUGACAGGUAAAUGUAAAGACUUACCUGUCAGAGCACUCUGAUUGGAUGGCUUAAACCACAGUGCUCUGAGCCUAAUUGUAGGGCGGGGCAAAUCUUUAUAAGCCUUCCCCCGCCCUGUGGAGCUCAGACUGCGCAGUGCCCUCAAUGGGUGAACAUGAAUUAUUUUUCAGCAUCUGGGUUUUUUUUUUUGGCGCUCAGGUUUUUUUUUGGUUUUUUUUUGGUUUUUUUUAAGUGCGAUGGUUAUUAUGGAUUUUUAUUUGGCCUUUUUUGGGGCUGAAAAAAGAAGACAUCAAAUGGUAAGUUUUAAUUAUUUUUUUUACAGGUACUUAGUUAUUGGUCCCCCUUUAUCAUUUUUAGGGUGAGGGGGGUAGGUAGGGGUUUAUUAAUUUUGUUGGGAGGGAGGUGACUAGGGGUUUGGGGACCCCUAGUCACCUGGGGGGGAGGUUACAUUUUUAUUUAGGGCCUGCAUCCACCACUCAGGGGUGGGGGCAGGACAAUAGGACAAUCCCCCCCACCCUUAUUGGUAUUUAUGGCCCUAACCCACCACUCAGGGAUGGGGGUAAGGGGGGAGGACCAUAGGUCCCCCCCUUAUUCUAAUUUAGGGCCCCCACCCACCACAGGCUGUUUACUAGACAUGCCCCUACUCGCGGUAUGGCGAGUAGGGGCAGAAUUUACUAAUACUAAGUAAUCUUUACUUAGUUUUAGUAAAUUUGGAUGAAAGACCAAUUUAGGUCUUUCAGCCUUUUAGUAGAUAGCUCCCUAAUACCGUGGGAAUUAGGGAGUUAUCUACUUAUUCAUUCCUGUCAUUACAUUGACAGGCUAAGUAACUUACAUUUUAUAUGAAUGUCUGUUACUUGAUUGUUGGAAGUGUUGCAAAUGCUUACAACUGAAUCCUGGCUAUGUUUGUAUACUUUUUAUUUAAACUGGUAUACAGUGUAACAUUCUUCCCCUGGGUAUAUUAGUACUUGGGCAAUACUGUGCUUCAGAACUUCAGCAAUUUAACUAUUUGGACAUUCGGAAGUAUCCGAAUGUUCGAAUUGCCCGAAAUUCAUCCGAAUUGACAUUCGGAAUGAAACGAACUGCACAUGUCUAGUUUCCUAUGCACGAUCCCAAAUUAAAGUGUAAGCUUCCCUGCCACAUCAAGGUAAGACCUCUUAGUUAAUUCCUUCACUAACAAUUCGCCUUGCUGCUUUUAGCUAAAAGGCAAAAUCUCUUAUAUAAGGGGAUAUUUUUCUGAACCCUCCCCACUUAUUAACCCAUAAUAGGGAACACAUGCAGUGGGCAGGUGAGCUUACACUUUAAUUGCCUUUGGAGUGAUACUAAAAAGAAAAAAAAAUCAGUUGUUUAAAUGUCUUAGGGAUUUGGGAUAGUGCUUAUGUAACUUUUAUGGUGGGAUUAUUCUAUGUAUCGGGGAUGAUGUGUACUAUAGUCUUUGCUCAGCCCAGGUGUUGUGAGAGUUUAAGCACAUAGCUUAAUUUUGUGUAUUUGUAUUGGAUUUUGCAUUACACAGCCAUGCUAACCUGUAAUCGGUCUCAAGAGGAAAGCACUCUUGGAAAUGCUACAAAGGAUGCUGGGUAAGAUGCAAAAACAUAUUAAGCUCCUGGGCAGAUCGGCCAGUGAAACUGGACAUGGAGUCCAAAAUGAAUCAUCCUGUAGUGUGGACAUUGGUCAUGUCAAUAAGCAUGGCCGUGUUCUUCUAACGUAGAUGAUGCACUUUAAGUGGGAAUAUCACGAUCCUAGUUUGUUAUGCUCAGGGUGACACAGCAUUAAAUGAAACCAGUCAAUAAAUCAUUGCGCUGUGAGUUAGCGCACUUCGUUUCAGAUGUCACAUCCAGCAAUCUGCAAAUUCGUUCAGCAUUCUCAGUAUUAGGAUAAGGAAACGAUGAUUUAAUCGAGCCAGAUAAGAGGAACUGAGCUUGAUGAUUUAUUAAGUUACAUAAUAUUUAGCUUUGGAAUUCACAAGCGACACACCGUCUAUCUAAAAUCAACACGUUGCACUUAUUUAUUUCUCAUUGCUUGCAGUCAAUGUGUAUCAGUCAUAAAAGGAUCAUAAACGUCCUGAUAAGUUUUGUGAGUAAUCAAUGGCCUGACACCGGAAAAUCUAAAUCCGAGCACGCCUUCCACUCCGCAUUAUAAAAGAAAGCUAAUUCUACAUCAAGCUGUUGUGGCAUCUCAACAGGGCUCCCAUCGCCAACUCCAACAACAAAUGGCAUCUCAGACGGACCUCAUCCACAUCUUUAAUGGAAUUCCAUUCACCUCCCGAUCCUCAGCCGAUCUGCUGAAAGCCUUAAACUCCUUCCAGGCUAGAGAAGACGAUUUGCUCCUGGUAUCUUAUCCAAAGUCUGGUAAAUAUUAAUACUUCUAUAGCGCCAAAAUAUUCUGCAGCGCUUUACAAUUAUAAAAUGGGGAUUUUGGACAACAGUUAUUUUAAAAACAGAAUAUAACACAAACAAGAGGUGAAAAAUACCCCGCUCUAACAAGCUUACAGUCUAAUCGUUGACAUCACUGUUUUAAUUCAAGUUGUACAAUUUAUUACUUCUAUCCAAUUUACAGAAUCACAUACAAGAUGUUAAUUUAGUCGAAAGCCACUGAUUCGGGUUGACGAGGGGGUCUCCAUUUCGUUUGUUUUUAUAAAAUGUUGAUUUAAAGGUUUGCUCUGUUAAAGUUUGUAUGUGGCUAUGGUACAAAAUCCCUGCCGCAGAAAAUAAUAUAAAAGGACACAGAUAAUUAUUAGAUGAGAGCAACCAAGGGCACAAACACUUCACAAUGACAUGUUAUCUGCAGUAAAGGAAAGACAUAUCUGUGAGAUAAUUGUGACUGGAUUUAUUUUUCGGUGUGGAAAUGAAUCUCUGGUAAAGAAAUAAAAUAUUUUCAUAAAGCAAAAAGAGAGAAGAGAAAGCCCGUAGGUAAAAUGAAUAAAAGCGGCUUACUGACAUUCAAUAUAACUACUUCUAAAUAAAAUAAGCCGACAGCGAGUUCAUCAUCACCAAUGCCACCAUUUACUGAUCCACCAAUAUGUGAACGAGCCGGUUCUAAAGAUUUCACUGUUUUUACCAGUUUGAAGAGAUUCUAUCUGGUAAUGCCUCCCUUGCUUAAUGGCACCCGGUCACUACUGCUAUGGGUUAAUAGGUUUUAUAUUAACAUAGGGACUUCAGGGACCAUACUGUGAUGACAGCGUGAAACAUCAUUGGUCCGUAAGGGUUAACAUACUGUUUUAAACCAAUUCCAGGCACUCACUGGUUGGCAGAGAUCAUGAAGCAUCUCUAUACAUCGAAAGUUUCCCUGACGUCCCCUAUCGAGUUUGGAGACGUUUCCAAACUGGAAGAGUUGAGUCACAUCCCCUCGAGAAGGAUCAUCCCUACUCAUCUGAGCUACGACAUGUUACCUACAGAAUUUAAGGUCAAGAAAUGCAAGGUGAGCCCAAUAUAAAACAGCACCAAAAUACAUUGGGAAAAGGAGUCAUCCCAAAACAGAGACAACAAGAAUAUCCCUUCCUUGCCCUAACAAAAACCCUCAUCAACCUCACCUCUCUGAAUCUGCCUUCAUUAUCAGCCCCUCUCCAUAAAGAUUAUCCUUUCGCCAUCUCACCAGAUUGCAAGCACACAAGAUCAGCUCUUAAGACUAUAUGGCCAGUGAAAAACAAUGAUAUUUUCUGUUUGUCAUAUUUUACCCUGCUUAGCGUAAUGAGACCUACAUGCAAAACCUUAUAAAACACAAAUAAACCAUUAAUAACCAUUUCUGAAAAGGCACAUUUAUAUAAGUAUUAAAAGUAAUGUUGUGUAGGGGUUAAUGUUUAGUGUAGAGUAGUGUAUCAGUAUAGGGUUAAUGUUUAGUGAUAGUGAAGUGUAUCAGUAUAGGGGUUAAUGUUUAGUGAUAGUGAAGUGUAUCAGUAUAAGGGUUAAUGUUUAGUGAUAGUGAAGUGUAUCAGUAUAAGGGUUAAUGUUUAGUGUAGAGUCGUGUAUCAGUAUAGGGGUUAAUGUUUAGUGUAGAGUCGUGUAUCAGUAUAGGGGUUAAUGUUUAGUGAUAGUGAAGUGUAUCAGUAUAGGGGUUAAUGUUUAGUGUAGAGUAGUGUAUCAGUAUAAGGGUUAAUGUUUAGUGUAGAGUUGUGUAUCUGUAUAAGGGGUUAAUGUUUAGUGAAGAGUAGUGUAUCAGUAUAGGGUUAAUGUUUAGAAUAGAGUAGUGUAUCAGUAUAGGGUUAAUGUUUAGUGAUAGUGAAGUGUAUCAGUAUAAGGGUUAAUGUUUAGUGUAGAGUCGUGUAUCAGUAUAGGGGUUAAUGUUUAGUGUAGAGUCGUGUAUCAGUAUAGGGGUUAAUGUUUAGUGAUAGUGAAGUGUAUCAGUAUAGGGUUAAUGUUUAGUGAUAGUGAAGUGUAUCAGUAUAAGGGUUAAUGUUUAGUGUAGAGUCGUGUAUCAGUAUAGGGGUUAAUGUUUAGUGUAGAGUCGUGUAUCAGUAUAGGGGUUAAUGUUUAGUGAUAGUGAAGUGUAUCAGUAUAGGGGUUAAUGUUUAGUGUAGAGUAGUGUAUCAGUAUAAGGGUUAAUGUUUAGUGUAGAGUUGUGUAUCUGUAUAAGGGGUUAAUGUUUAGUGAAGAGUAGUGUAUCAGUAUAGGGUUAAUGUUUAGAAUAGAGUAGUGUAUCAGUAUAGGGGUUAAUGUUUAGUGUAGAGUAGUGUAUCAGUAUAGGGGUUAAUGUUUAGUGUAGAGUAGUGUAUCAGUAUAGGGGUUAAUGCUUAGUGUAGAGUAGUGCGUCAGUAUAAGGGGUUAAUGUUUAGUGUAGUGUAGUGUAUCAAUAUAGGGGGUUAAUGUUUAGUGUAGAGUAGUGUAUCAGUAUAGGGGUUAAUGUUUAGAAUAGUGUAUCAGUAUAGGGGUUAAUGUUUAGUGUAGAUUAGUGUAUCAGUAUAAGGGUUAAUGUUUAGUGUAGAGUAGUGUAUCAGUAUAUAAGUUAAUGUUUAGUGUAGAGUAGUGUAUCCGUAUAGGUGUUAGUUUAAUGUAGAGUAGUGUAUCAGUAUAGGGGUUAGUGUUUAGUGCAGUCUAGUGAAGAGUAAUGUGUUCGUGUAGAAUAGUGAAUCAGUAUAAGGGUUAAGGUUUAGUGUAGAGUAGUGUAUCAGUAUAAGGGUUAAUGUUUAGUGCAGAGUAGUGGAUCAGUAUAGGUGUUAAUGUUUAAUGUAGAGUAGUGUAUCAGUAUAGGGGUUAGUGUUUAGUGCAGUCUAGUGAAGAGUAAUGUGUUCGUGAAGGGGUUAAUCUUUAGAGCAGUGUAUUGGGGUAGUGUAGGGGUUCAUGUGAAGUAUUUUAGAGUAAUGAAGGAAUUAAUGUGUAGUGUAGGGGUUAUGAAGAUGAAUGUCAUAGAUACAUAAAGUCCCAGUGCUGCCUGAGAUUAGUGUGAGUUGCAGGGACAUGUAUGCCCCCCUAAUAUUCAGUGAUACAUUAUCAGUGCAGUUUAACCUUUCAUUGUUUUUUCAGGCGAUUUACAUCGUCCGGAACCCCAAAGAUACCGCAGUCUCUUUGUUUCACUAUUACAGAGAGAACCCCAAUCUCCCAACCAUCGAGACCUGGCAGAGUUACUUUGACAUGUUCCUGCGAGGAGAGGGUGAGGAUAAGCAGAAAUAUACAGCAUUUGUUCUAUAGACCGUAUUUAUUUAAAUCAAAUCUAAAAUAAUUUAUUUUUUAUUACCAAUUUAAACUAAAAUAUUUUUAUAGAAAAUUACAAAAGUAAAUAAAGAUCAGUGAAGUCAAGUGAGUUUCCCAAAAAAUUAUUCCUCUAAAUGUAUACUAUUUUUUAAUAAUUUAAAUUGUAUUAAAAAAUAUGUUACUCUCUAAAUUAACCUAAGCAGAGAAGUAAUUACAUUUUAAAGACACGUUAUCUGCCAGCUGGUGAUUUAGAAAGCUUGUCAGUGUACUAGAUUCUAGGAAUUACCCUUUAUUUAGCAGUUUGAGGUACAGUAAUGGGGAUCAGAUUGCGCCUAUAGGUCUUAUAUAGGGGCUUUGUAGGGCAAAGUUCUCUCUCCACUUCCAGUUUACACAGACAUGAUGAUGUCCUUUCAUCAACCUUUAUCAGAAUGAUUAGCCAAGCUGAUCAUUAUAGCAACCACUUUCUCCUGGAGAAUUUAUGGUCCAGGUAAAUAGGGGUGAUACAGGAAACCUGCUGUACGUUAGAUAAGAUAAGCGUGCAAACAAUCCAUGCACAUGUUAAGCAAUGUAAUGUUCACAGAUACAAUCACUUAAUUCAUUCUUUGUGCAAUGUCCCAAUUCUAGCAUUGUAGUGUUAAUUUUAAUUUAAUAAUAUUUACACAUGCACAUUUAAUGUGUAGACAUUUUUCAGGUGAGAUCAUGUAGGUUUAUUGUAACUUACUGUAAAUAGUUUACAUAUAUUUCAGUAAGAUUCUGUGGCUGAAUAUAUGUAUGACACAUGUUUACAUUUGUAGUUGUGUGCGGAUCUUGGUUCGAUCACAUCUUGAGCUGGGAAGAGCACAGAAAUGAAAUACCCACUCUCUUUUUGUAUUAUGAAGCAAUGAAAAAGGUAAGAUUAUUACAAUGGAAUGGGAAAGAGUUUCUGAAUUAGGUUAAUUCAGCAAUCACUGAAUUGUGGAGCCUUGAAAGCGGAGUUAAAAAAGACAUUGUCUAAUUCACCAAUAUUCCCAUUGUGAAAUUCAGUUCAUUAGGUAAUGGAUAUAUAUCUUCCAGAGUUAUUCGAUAACGUCUUAUAUUCAUCCCAGAAUUUCCCUUAUUUGCAGGAAGUCAGCAUUUUCUGCAGUGACCUAUAAAUGGCUGCAAUUUCUCAGCCAAUCAAAAGCAAUAACCCUCCCACCCCCACCCUGCGCUGUAGCUAAACUCAAGAGAAAGACCAUUCUGCUUAUUCCUUUAAAUAACUAUUAACCUACAUUACCUGACAAUUUAUCCUGGCUACUCUCUACAUUAUCUGUCACACUGUCCCUUUAAAUUACUUUUACAUUACUAGUAGCCUUGUCCUUUUAAGUGACUAUUACUUACAAUAUCAAUUGCCUUGUCCCCUUAAGUGACUAUUAUCCUUAUUACCUGUGUAGGACCUCCCCAAAGCUGUAAGAAAAAUUAGCACCUUCCUCGGAAUAAAUAUCAGCGAUAAUGAGAUCAGCGUAAUCUGCAAAAAGACAUCAUUCAAUGAGAUGAAAAUGAACGUAGAGAAAGAUAACGGUGACCCAAACCACACGGUCUGCGCCCUGACAUCCAACAAAAAGCUGAUAUUCAGAAAAGGUAAGGGAUUGGCUCAUCUUAUGCGCUCUCCCCUGCAAGAAGCACGUUCCUAAUUAACUCCGGAAAAGGAACUGGUUAAAUUAUCUGUACAAAGUAGGCUUACUUAAAUCAGUAUUUUAGGCAUGCAAGGAUUCAGAAUUGUUUUUAUGUUUCUUAUCAAAGUUAAGACAGUAUUGCUACUGGGACAGGUAUUCUGUUUAUGUAGCAGACGUUAUAAAAGCCAACAUUUUUAAUAGCUUUUUGGUCUAUAAACUGGAAGCUCGCAUGAUUCUGUGUAUGAGCAGUAAAAACAAGCUUGUAGGUGAGAAGGAGGAAAUGGCAGCUCAGGAAUAGCAUGAUAGGGUACGAGGAAGACCCAUGAAGACUGGAUGGUAUCAAUCAAGAUGGCAAGGGAAUGCAUGUGUGAACAAAUUCUUAGAUGGCAGGUUCGAAAGAAUGAAAUUGUUAUUUGCUUCUGGUGAUUGUUUGAAGGAAAAGCAGCUUGUCGUUACCUAAAUUGAAAAUAACUUUCUAGAAGAAAGGUAGAACUUAUACAGCUAUUUCAUAAAAUAAAAUAAUAAUCUUGCUUUACAUCUUUACAGGAACAGUUGGCGACUGGAAGAAUUACUUUUCAAACAGACAGAACCGACUCUUCGAUGAGCUGUACCAAACAAAGAUGGAUUCCAGCCACCUGGCCAAGCACAUCACCUACGAUAACUGA